UAUAUACAGACAUGCCCGGAUCAACUCUGGACAACCAUCAUGGCCGCCACCCACAUUGCCCUGUUCGUUUCCGGCCUUGCCGUCUUGCUUCUCCUCGUCCAAGGAUCGCCGCCAGGGCCCGUUGUCCAGUGCCGGUCUGGCAACACUAACUGCACCGUGACCAACGGCUAUGGAGCCUUUCCUGAUCGCAGUACCUGCCGCGUCGCCGCGGUCGCGUACCCUUCGAACGAACAGGAGCUCCUGUUAGCUGUCUCCGACGCCACCGUGAAGCAGCAGCACGUGAAGGCGGUCACGGUGUACUCACACAGCAUCCCCAAGCUGUCGUGCCCCGGCGGGCCGAGCGGCCAGGGCCUGGUAAUCAGUACCCAGCGCCUCAACAGAUCGGUGAGCGUGGACUUGGCCACCUCGCGGAUGACGUUCGAGGCAGGGAUCACACUUAGGGCGCUCCUUGACGCGGCGGCCGCCCGUGGCUUGGCGCUGCCCCACUCGCCGUAUUGGCAAGGGGUGACGCUGGGCGGUCUGCUGAGCACCGGCUCGCAUGGGAGCUCGGUGUUCGGGAAAGGCUCGGCGGUGCACGAAUAUGUGGUAGGGAUGAGGCUGGUGGUUCCAAGUCCGGUCCCGGUGAACGGAUCCUACGCCAAGAUCGUUAAUCUUGGUGAGGACGAUCCUGAUCUCUUGGCUGCCAAGGUUUCUCUCGGUGUUCUUGGAGUUAUUUCUCAGGUCACCCUCCAACUUGAGCCGAUGUUCAAGCGAUCCAUCACCAACAGGGUCGUAAGCGACGUUGGCUUCGAGCAAACCAUCUCCUCGUACGCUGUCACUACUCACUAUGGAGACAUCAUCUGGUAUCCAUCACAAGGCAGAGUGGUGUAUCGAGAUGAUAUCAAGGUCCCUAUCACCACCAAAGGAAAGGGUGUAAACAACUUCUUAGGGUUCCGAGCGCAGCCCACCCUUGUCAUAGCCUCUACACGUGCUUCAGAGGAACUAUCGGAACUAACAGGAAAUGCCGAAGGCAAAUGCGUGCUGUCCAGAUUGCAAGCGGAUACUCUGAUUGCGACCGGCAUGGGCCUUAAGAACAAUGAUGGCGGCUUGUUAGAUUUCACCGGCUAUCCGGUCGUCGGAAACCAAAGCGACAUGCAAUCCGCUGGUUCAUGCCUACGGAGUGCAGAAGACAAACUUCUCACGGCUUGUGGAUGGGACCCUCGUUUUGCGGGGCUCUUCUACCACCAAUCCGCCAUAAGCAUCCCCUUCACCACCAUCGCUGACUUCAUCGCCGACGUCAAGAAGCUCCGCGACGCCCACCCCAACGCACUCUGCGGCACCGAGCUGUACUUGGGCUUCUUCAUGCGCUUCGUCCGCAGCUCCACAGCCUAUCUUGGCAAAACCGACGACGUGGUGGACAUCGACAUCACUUACUAUCGUUCCAAGGAUCCAAAACGGCCGCGACUCUACGAGGAUGUGAUCGAAGAGAUCGAACAGUUGGCCUUGUUCAAGUACAAUGGGUUGCCCCACUGGGGGAAGAACAGAAACGUCGGCUUCCUCAAUAUCAAGAACAAGUUGGGGGCCAAGUUGGACAAGUUUGUGAGUGCCAUGCAAAAAUAUGACAGCAAUGGAUUGUUCUCUUCAGAUUGGACCGAUGCGGUGCUGGGACUGCGAGGGAAGGAAGUUGUGGUGCAGGGAAAUGGUUGCGCAUUGGAGGGGUUGUGCAUUUGCUCCACUGAUGACCACUGUGCUCCUAAACAAGGCUAUUAUUGUCGACCUGGAGAAGUCUAUGAACAGGCUCGAGUGUGCCGGAAGAUUAAAUCCGUUGAAGCUGAUGGUCAGGCAGACAGCUUGUGAUACCGUUCACAUUCAUUUGCUGUAAGGUUUGUAUCGGUGUCACUUCCUCUUUGAAUAGACGAUGUAAUGCCAGUCAAUAAUUACUACAUAAUUUAAUAUUGUAAUUUUAAAGCAAUGAUCAAUAAAUGUAAUAUUGUAUGGGAGUCA